CUCAGGCACGCCGCGGGCAGUUCUCGUGGGGUCCUCGCGGCAAACCAAGAUGGCCGCCCCCUUGGUGAAGGCGCUGCUCCGGUGCUCGGACCUGACGCUGGGCGUACGGAGCGCCGCCCUGCGGUUCCCAGGGUUAACCCAGGUGCGUUGGAGCCGCUACAGCGCAGAAUUCAGGGAUCCCCUGAUUGACAAGGAAUACUACCGCAAGCCCUUGGCAGAGCUGACGGAGGAGGAGAAGUUUGAUCGGGAGCUCAAGAAGACUCAGCCCAUCAAAGCUGCCCCGUCGGCGCACACAAGCUCGGUGUUUGAAGACCCCGUGAUCAGUAAAUUCAUCAACAUGAUGAUGAAAGGAGGAAACAAAGUCCUGGCGAGAUCCCUCAUGACACAGACCCUGGAAGCUGUGAAAAGGAAGCAGUUUGAGAAGUUCCAUGCUGCUGCUUCAGAGGAACAGGCAAACAUUGAACGCAACCCCUACACCAUCUUCCAUCAGGCCCUGAAGAACUGCGAGCCUGUGAUCGGGCUGGCACCCAUCCUCAAGGGGGGCCGCUUCUAUCAGGUGCCUGUGCCCCUAAGCGACCGGCGCCGGCGCUUCCUGGCCAUGAAGUGGAUGAUCACCGAGUGCCGGGAGAAGAAGCACCGGCGGAUGCUGAUGCCGGAGAAGCUGUCGAAGGAGCUGCUGGAGGCUUUUCACAACCAGGGCCCUGUGGUCAAGAGGAAGCACGACCUGCACAAGAUGGCUGAGGCCAACCGCGCCCUGGCCCACUACCGCUGGUGGUAGGAGCGGCGGGCUCCGGAGCCGCCCAGGGCUCUCCGCUGCUACUCUGGAAACACCGAGCUUCCGCUGUAGCUCCUUAAGGCGGCCCCCCGGGAAGGAUGGUGCAGCGUAUUUACUGCUUUACUUUCCAUCGUGGCCGGAACUCGCUCUCCCUGCCCCACCUUGUAAAGAGGGAAUAUGUGGACUUGGAUUUUCCCCAAGAAACUUGGGGCCCACCCAGCCUUCUCUUUCAUCUGCUUGGGUGGACUUCUGGGUGAUGAAGGGAAGCAUGUUAGUAUCUCAAAGGUUUAUUAGGAAACUCUCACCCUGAACUGUGUAGCAUGUGAUACAGUACUGCCACCCAUGAAAACUGGAGGAAAUACAUCUGUUUCCAAAGUGGUCCUUAUACAAAACAUAUAAAAAUUUCUGGUGUGA